GACGCAUGUACAUGUACAAGUGUUAGUUCCUCAGCUCAAACCAGUCUGCUUAUUAAUGAGUUACGAUUAACUUGCUCUAGGACAACACCUCUGAUUGAUAACUCAUUGGAGACAUUGGAUUAUAGUAAACAUCAUUAAGCAAAACAUCAUUAACAGGUGCUGAAUUCUCCUGACUGACUGCAGGCUGAAGAGGCUGUAUUUAUGGCUCAGUAUGACCAACUCGAGGACAAAGAUUCGCUGGAUAUUCAUGAUAACCCUCCAGCUCCAGACAAUGUUGUAAAGGAGGACGACAACACUGUUUACUUUGUGUAUGAUGAAGAGGUGGAGGAAGAAGAGGCCCCUCCUCCUCCGACCCCUGAGCCUGUAGUUCAGGUCAAUGACAGACCACACAAAUUUAAGGACCACUACUGCAAGAAACCCAAGUUUUGUGACGUCUGUGCACGAAUGAUUGUUCUCAAUAAUAAAUUUGCCUUGCGCUGCAAAAACUGCAAGACCAACAUUCACCACUCGUGCCAAUCAUAUGUGCAGUUCCAGAGAUGCUUUGGCAAAAUACCUCCUGGAUUUAGACGGGCAUACAGCUCUCCUCUCUACGAUCAAGAGAUCAAUAACCCUGGUCAGCAGAACCGCACUGAUCCGGUGUUUGAAACGCUGAGAGUGGGUGUGAUCAUGGCCAAUAAAGAGAGGAAGAAAGGCUCUGAGGACAAAAAGAAUAUGAUGAUGAUGAUGAUGGAGGAGGAGGAAGCUCAACAACCGAAGGAGGAUGAAGAGGGUGGUGAAGGAAAGCAAGAUGGAGACAAGAAAGACAAAACAGCAGCAGAUGACAAGAACAAGAAGCAGCAGCAGACGUUCAGUCAGUCUCACUGUUAUAUGGCUUUGUAUCGCUUUAAAGCCAUCGAGAAAGAUGACCUGGACUUCCAUCCAGGAGAUCGCAUCACAGUGCUGGAUGACUCCAAUGAGGAGUGGUGGAGGGGUAAGAUUGGGGAGAAGACAGGAUACUUGCCCAUUAAUUACAUCAUCAGGGUGCGAGCCGGUGAGAGGGUGUAUAAAGUGACACGCUCCUUUGUUGGAAACAGAGAGAUGGGCCAGAUUACCCUGAAGAAAGAUCAGAUUGUGGUGAAGAAAGGAGAGGAGGUGAAUGGAUAUCUGAAGGUCAGCACUGGCCGCAAACUGGGCUUCUUCCCUGCCAACCUGCUACAGGAGAUCUGAAUGAAGGAGUUUUAAUCCUGAAGAAAAUAAGUAAAGCAGAAGAAUGGAUGGAGAAAGAGGAAUAAACAAACAAGACAUGACAAGAAAGACAACAAUAUCUGACCUCACUGUCACUUUGACAGGAAUAUGAACGUGUGCAUGUACACAGGGUCUAAAUUUAACACUCACCAAGCACUAUAUAUGAAUACAAAAGAUCUUUACUCAGAAGGUAAAAACACAGUUGCUCACCCGUUGACCAGUCAUUUUAUCAGGAACAUAAUACAUGAAUUCACACUGUAAGAAUGAUAGUCUAAUCCUAGCUGAGCGACAUAGAUGUUUUCUUUAGAAAACGGUUUGUAUCACAUCACUACAUUUUAUUUACAAAAGGUUUGUUUUCUCUAGAACUCAUUGUGGCAAUACUUACAUUGACAUCUGAGAUUAGCCAGUCUCCAUGAUUUUGUUUUUGGUCGCUUAAUGUGAUCAGUGGUUUUUAUCCGUUCCUGGAGCCCCCUCAACAGCAGACAUUUUACAUUUCUACCUAGAACAGGGUUGAAAACCACUGUCAUAGGUUAUAUGAUUAAAUGACACGACAUAAUGAUCUGCUUCUGAUGAAUAUUUUUGAGAGUUUUAGUAAUUUCUGUGAGGGCAAAUCUCAAUGCUACACCAUACAAUGACCUUCUAGAGAAUUGUGAGCUUGUUGGAACAGCUUGCGAAACAGAGACUUUUCUGCAUUAGCAUUAGUUCCUCUAAACAAAGUGAGUCACUAAUGAAAUGCUUUACUGAGGUGUGAAAGAACUCGAGUGCUGAAGCCUGCUGAACACCUUUGAGUCAUUCUGGAAGUACACAUUUCUCUGGAAUUGUGUGACAUAGCAUUGGAAUGGAUGGAAUAGCCAACCCUCUCAAUUAUAUUCUUUCAUUGCUCUGAAUGUCUGGAAGAAAUUGGCAUAAUGGGUGAAACUGCUUUAACACAUUUAAGGUCCCCCUAAAGGCCAAAUGGGAUCAUUGAUUCAAAUACUGUAAAUAUUCCUGGCUCAAACUAAAUGGCUGAAUUUGUCAAAUAAUAGGUAUGUCCUUGUUCAGUUUGCGAACCAAUGAUUUUGGGGUGGGUACCAAGGAGGCAUACAGUACAGUGUCUAUUCAUUAGUAUUCCCAUUCAUCUCCGUGACAGGUGCUCAACUGGACACAAUCAUAAAUGUCAUGUGAUUUAUCAAUUUAAGAAUGAACAUAUAAACAUAAAUCUAUUAUAUUUUAGUCUAGCUCUCAGAAAAUAAAUAGAAAUUACAGUUGUGUAUUAUAGUAGAUGUAGAAUUGAUAUUCCUUGCAAAUGGUAAAAA